AACAUUAUCACAACACAACCUCAAAAUUCGAAAUUGAACUCACUUUCCCUCCUAAAAACGCUCUCGUCUCAAUCCUCUCCCCGUGAAAUGGACGCUUCAAAGGAAAAGAAAGGCGCCGGCGGCAGAAGAGGCGGCGAGAGAAAGAAAUCCGUCUCUAAAUCGGUUAAAGCCGGUCUCCAGUUUCCCGUCGGUCGUAUCGCAAGAUUCCUUAAGAAAGGCCGAUACGCUCAACGUUUCGGUUCCGGCGCUCCAAUCUACCUCGCCGCCGUACUUGAAUACCUCGCCGCUGAGGUUUUGGAAUUGGCUGGUAAUGCUGCGCGAGACAACAAGAAGAACCGGAUUAAUCCGAGACAUUUACUGUUAGCGAUUAGGAACGACGAGGAGUUAGGAAAACUGUUAAAAGGCGUGACGAUUUCUAGCGGCGGAGUGUUGCCGAAUAUUAAUCCAAUUCUAUUGCCGAAGAAAGGUGCCGCUACUGAGAAAUCUGCCGCUGAAUCUAAAUCUCCUAAGAAGGCUUAGAUAUAUUAGAUUUAAUAAUAAAAGAUUUAGGUAUUAGUUUUUAGGUUUCUUUGUCUUUUUUGUUUUUAAGUUAAAAAUGUUAAGUUAAUCUGAUUAUGUAAUGAAAAUUUCUCUGUUUCUAGC